AGGCUCUGAGGCCGUGACAGUCAACACAGUCUAGUCCUGGGGCCCUGAGCGCAGGGAGGCGGGAGGGUGGGCCUGCGGUCACGUGACCCACCCAGCUGUUAGCAGGGGGCUGGAGAGCUCAGAGUCUGGAGAUCGGGAAGCGCCGGCGGUGGCCUGCUCUACUGCCGCUGCAGCCCCUGAUGCAGACGCAGUAACCCUGCCGCCGCAGCGCCCCUAACUCGGCAGUCUCAGCAUCAGCACCAAAGGACCCGGCCCGAGCCCGCUGCUUUAGCAGGAUGUCUGGCGCUCCUCCAAGUUACUGUUUCGUGGCUUUGCCACCUCGAGCUAAGGAUGGUUUGGUGGUGUUUGGGAAAAAUUCUGCACGGCCUAGAGACGAAGUGCAGGAGGUGGUGUACUUCCCGGCUGCUGAGCACGAAGCUGAGAGCAGAGUUGAGUGCACUUACAUCUCAAUCGACCAAGUUCCCAGGACCCACGCCAUAGUGAUAAGCAGACCUGCCUGGCUCUGGGGGGCAGAAAUGGGAGCCAAUGAACACGGCGUAUGCAUAGCCAAUGAAGCCAUCACUGCCAGAGAGCCAGCUGCUGAGACAGAAGCCUUACUGGGGAUGGAUCUGGUCAGGCUUGGUUUAGAACGAGGAACAACGGCUAAGGAAGCCUUAGACAUCAUUGUCUCCUUGUUGGAUGAGCACGGACAAGGUGGGAAUUAUUAUGAAGAUGCGCACUCCUGCCAUACCUUCCAAAGUGCAUAUCUGCUGGUGGAUCGCGAUGAAGCCUGGGUGCUGGAGACCGUAGGGAAGUAUUGGGCUGCCGAGAGAAUCACAGAGGGAGUGAGGUGCAUUUGCAACCAGCUUUCACUCACAACUAAGAUGGACGAGGAGCAUCCGGAACUCAGGACGUAUGCUCAGAGUCAAGGCUGGUGGACAGGGGAGAAUGAAUUCAAUUUUGCCCAGGUUUUUUCUCCAGCCGAUGACCAUCUGGACUGCUGUGCAGGCAAAGACAGCUUAGAAAAGCAGGAGGAAAGCAUCACCGUGCAGACGAUGAUUAACAUCUUACGAGACAAAGCCAGUGGAGUUUGCAUAGACUCUGAGUCUUUCCUCACUACAUCCAGUAUAGUGUCUGUCCUGCCUCAGAACCGAAGUUCACCAUGUAUCCACUACUUCACCGGGACCCCGGAUCCUUCCAGGUCCAUAUUCAAGCCAUUCAUCUUUGUUGAUGAUGUAAAACUUGUCCCCAAAGCACAGUCACCCUGUUUCGGUGACGAUGACCCAGCCAAAAAGGAACCUCGGUUCCAGGAGAAGCCGGACCGCCGGCAUGAGCUAUACAAGGCUCAUGAGUGGGCACGUGCUGUCAUUGAGAGUGACCAGGAACAAGGUCGCACGCUGAGGAAGACCAUGCUGGAGUUGGAGAAGCAAGGCUUGGAAGCCAUGGAAGAGAUCCUGAGCAGCCCCGAGCCCCCAGACCCUGCCGAGGUGGGGGACCUUUUCUAUGACUGUGUGGACACCGAGAUGAAGUUCUUUAAGUGAUAUAAGCACCCUCGCCCUUAUUUCAAACUUCCCACCCAACUAAAUUACCAGCAGAGAAACACUCUUCUGUUUGAGUAAAAUGAGACUUACCAUGUGGCCUCCUUGUGUCUAAAUGUUCCCUCUGUUCAGCUUAGCAACCCCCCUCCCCUUCGCUCUGUAACUCAACCCCACAUGCCCCUUGCUCCAUUGUGUGAUAAGCUUCAGGCUUGAAGACCUUCUUGUAUUUCAGUGACAAUGGGCACCUUAGGAGAACUAGAGUUCCCUCAGCCUUGGACAGGGCUGCAGGGCCACGCUGGUGGGAAAGACAAGAUCUGUGAAGGUCCUGGUCCCUCUCCAGAUAGUGGUUUCUUCAAGGUUAACAAACAGCUUUUGUUCAUACUGAAGGCUUUUGUGUGUGUAGAAGGGGGAGAACCCCGCCCCCCAGCCUUCCUCCACAAAGCACAGGCUUAUGUGUAGCUCAUAGUCCCCACAGGUAUGUCUUGGGAAACAAAGCCAAUGGGAAUGAACAGAGGACCCCUGGGUACAGUCCCAGCUCUGCCCCAGUGUUUGUGACUCUGAAAGACCUGUCUUCUGUGAGCUGUGUCCAUGUGCGGUGGACCAGACCUGCUUUCACAUGUGGGAGAGCUAGGCAUCCAUGUUAUCUGGACUUCCCCAUCCAUCACUGCACCCACGCGAGGACAUGGCCCUGUGCAGAAAUGACUUGUGACUUGAUUGUCAGCACCUUGUAUAAGAGUCAUUCAAUGGCCCUGGGCAGAGUUCACAGAGCUGCAAAUCUCAGCCAAUGAGGCAAAGAAAAGGGACACUCUUGACUGUUGAAGGCACCUGGGAUCCCGGCAGCCACUGUCUCGGUAGACACUGGAACUAAACUCAUUUGUUUCCGGCACCAAUGGGUUGCAAAAAGGAUUUGACUCCACAGCAGUUGUAUGAGGAAGACAAGACAGGCUGAGGACAGACAGCUGUGCCCACUGCCUGGUUAACUAGACUCCACAAAUCAGUGUGUUGAGUACCUGACCCCAGGGUCUCCCCACUUGGUUCUCAUGACCCACUGUCCAGUAGUUGCCUCUGGACUGGUGUCUAGAAGGAGCAAGAGGAUGUGGGUGCUUUUAUCCACUGCCACUCUCCACUGCUACAGGGUAAAGAUGGCCAAUAGCAGUGUAGAUUAGAGGAACAGCUAGUAGGGGUAUGCUGCAGGGCCCAGUUAUCUGUUGUCAUUUUUGACAGGGCUGAGCAAACACAAACCAUUCAUCAGUGAUCUCAGGCAUGGUGUAGGGUCACCAGAUCCUUUUUAGCUGUAGUAUCAUGGGCUGUGAGCUGGCGGGUACCUGAGCCCCCAUUUCACAAUGUGUUGCAGACCAGAGGUUUUAUUGGAACAAAUCUUGGUCUCUUUCAGGCCUCCUUUAAGAGGGUGGGUGUGGGCUGUGAGCCCCUUUCUUGACUGUUUUGUGAGUUCCAUGUGUAAACAAAUGGCAAAGCAUGAGAGAUGGGACAAGUUCAUGGCGACCAAAUGAUGGCUUGCAGUUGCUGGAGCUUUGGGCAGGCUGAGCCUGGCAUCUAAUGGUGAUGAACAGAGGGGCAUAGGGAGAGCAGCUAAGCUGAACGUGCCCACAGGUGCAAAGAGAAGCGGGGUGAUGCCGAAAGCCAUUCUGUGAUUUCCCUGUGUGGUCUCACGUUCACCUGUGAGGCCAGCUCAUGAGAUCUGACCUGCCUGAGAUAGCCAAGGCGAUUCAGGGUUUGAUCAGAAGUCUAGUGAAAGCGAAUAAUAACACAAUGGCCUUCUUUCAGUACUUUGGCCAAGGUUGCAGAUGUGCCAACUUUACCCAGGUGGGCACUGUAAAACACAGUGGCUGUUUCUAUGAUUGGAUAUUGACUUUAGUUCAGCAUCACAGAAAAAAGACCAACCCUCUUGCUUGGAGCAUUGUACAUCUCAACCAUGUUGUCCUUUUACCACUAGAGGGAGCAGGAGCCCUCUGUGGGCAACCUGGUAGACCUUAGGGGGCCUGGUUUUUCCCCUCAAGCAGUGGACAAGAGCUGGGAAUAGAAAUUUUUUCCACUGGGAUGGGUGGGAACAGACACCAGGACAGGAGGGAAUCUGGCAGGUGCCUGCAUAUACUUCAGUGACUUUCUCUAAAUUAACAGCAGAAAUGAUCCUGGAUUUUGAGUAGGCAGAUGUAGAAUAUUUGUUUUAAAAUGCUCCUAAUGGAUUUCUCUUUGAAGAAAUGCUUCUUAUGUGGGUAAUUUCUUAAUUAGGGUUGGUUUUCUGAACAUGGAGAAAAUAGAUAUUCAGGAUGAAAUAAACAUGGAAUGUUUAAGAUCACUCUGUAAAUAACUUCCCAGAAGACCACCCUAUAUCUUUUAGGCCUUGAGAGUGGGGGAUCCUGAGCACACUUUGUGCAGAAAUAAGUCAUCAGCAUUAAAGACAGACUGCCUGGCCCCACCUGCCCCACAGAACCUAACAAUAAGCUAGCUAGUUUUGUGUGGAUGAGAUUUCCACUAAGUGAAAACAGCAUCAUAGCGGAGUGGGUGGGGUGGGUGGUGGUGGCAGACACUUGCAUGGACAUAAGUUAGUUAAUAGGAAACAGCAUUUACCAUUCUUGGGUGUGUGUGUGAGAGAGAAUAAGGACCUGAUAAAAGCCAUGGAGACUUAGCCUAACACAAGACCCAGUGUUUGUGGCAGUCAGCCUCACAAGCUACUGGAGCCGGUGUAUGCCUAGCAGAGGAGCUCAGAGGCGACACUCCAUUACUGCCAGGUGAAUCAGCACCUGUAAAAAAGUAAUUGUCAGCCACAAAAAAUAAUGUCAUCCCACACUGUUACAGGUGAUACCACACCAUGCAGGCCCACUGGGCAACCAAGUAUGCAUGUCUUGCAAUCAUUGGCUGCAUUCUUUUAUUGCAAAGGUCUCAGCUUUGGGAGAAAACACGGAGGUGGGGGUGAGGCUGGGGGAGGGACCCUGGAGGGGAGGCGUGGCAGGUGCAGGGCAAGCAUCCCAGCUCUCCUGGGCUUCCCUUUGCUGUGGUCUUUAUUCCCCGCGGAGCUGAGUCUUGGCUCCUGUUCUGUGGCAUGUGACCAAAUGUAUUUUAUCCGACUGAAGGCAGCCAUCCUGAAAUGUCACACGCAGAGUCCUUGCAGAAACCACUAAGCACAUGUCUUUAAUCAUCUUGUGAGAACCGAAAUGCCAUAGCUGGAGCGGUGUCACAGAGAACCUUUGUUUCCUGUCGGGGGGAACUGACUGUGUGGUCUUACAGCCUUUUGUACAAAUCUCUACCAGUCAAGUAGUGUCCCUAUCCAGUGCUUGCUCUCGGGAGUGUCUUUAAAUGCACCAAAUGUACAAUAAAAAUAGCCAAGUCAAUGCC